GCCCUAUUUACACAGACCCUUCAAUUAGAAAAUAGCUUUGAGCAUAGCCUUAGAAAUGAAGAAGAAUGAGGCAACAGAGAGAUUGGGAUUUUCUGUGAAAAGGGUGGUUGCCCCUCUCUGAUAUGCCUGUGAUUUCUCCAUUAAAAAUCAACAGCCCUUUCAAUUAAACCAAAAAAACAAACAAAAAAAAAUCAUCCAAACACACCCCUAAUAUAUAUUCCUCUUCUUCUUCCUCCUCUCUUUGUGCUGCUGCUAUUGAAUAUUGAUGUAUUUAAAGGGGCUGUGAUGAUUGUUUUCCCUUUUCUGGGCUAUGUUCAAUUCAUGGCAUUGAGAAAAUAUCCGACCCGUAUCUUGGCGGGGCGACCCGGUGCGGCUUUUCGAUAGCUUAUUGUGUCUGCAGCCAUGGCGGCGUCGCCUUCUCUUUUGCUUUGACAAAAAAUACAGCAAAUCUGAGCCCUCACGAAAAGUCCCGUGUAAUAGCCUGUUUGGCCGUGCUUCUAAAAUCAGCUUAUCAGAUUUAAGAAACUAACACUUGAUCUUUUGAGAACUCUAUCCUCUCCAGAUCUUCUUUAAAAGGGUGGUUUCACCCCUGAUUUUCCUCCAUUGUUUUAAAAAAAAAAAGAACCAACAGCCCUUGUUUAUGUCUUUAAUGCGAAAACAGAAGCAACAAAAAUGAUUUAAGUUAUAUAUAUUGACAUCUAUGUUUGGAAACAGCCUCUUUUAGUUGCACAAGUUAGGGGUAAGGUUGCGCACUCACUGCCCUCACUACCCUCCCACACCCUACUUGUUGGAUUACACUUGGUUUGUUGUUGUUGUUAGUGUUGUAUAUUGACAUCUCUGUCUUUCCUCUAGGUGUUCUUUUACAGUGUUGAUAAGGUACAUAAAGUGGCAGUGAUGAUGAUGUUUCUAUAUCUCGGCUAAUAGAUUUGGGCAUUGAGAUAACCCAGCCCGUAACAUGGCGUGGCAACCUGGUAUGGCCUGUGAUUGAGAGUUUUGAAUCUUCUCUCACAUGCAACCAGUGUUUUGCAGCCAUGGCUUUGUUGGUUUCUCUUUUGCCUUAUCAUAACACACAUCUGAGCCCCAUUUGCUUGAAAGUACAAAAAACACAAUCUUUCCAUCAUUUCAUGUUGGCAUAUGUCGGACCUGUGAGUCUGUGACCUACUGCCCAACUAUUAGAUUGCAAACCCAGUAACUCAAAUGGGUUGUGGUAGAACUCAAAAACAACCCAAAAUUAUAUUCAUGUCUAAACACAACUCUAAUUUUCAAAUACUAUUUUCACUUAGAAAAAAAAGUUCACUCUUUUUUUUUUUGGAAUUUUACAAUUCUUAUGUCCAAACGCCCACUUACAUGAUAUGUAUGAAAGAGUCAACAUUUUCUGAAAGAGGCAGUUGUUGUACUGGGCAUGGCAUUGAGAAGAUACUCUACCCGUAUCUUGGCAAGGCGAACCAGUAUGGCAUUUGCAUAGCAAACUGGUGUCUGCAGCCAUGGCGACGUCGCCUUCUCUUUUGCUUUGUUCAAAAACAGUAAAUCUGAGCCCUCAAUGCCCAAACAUAGAGAAAGUCAGCUCAUAGAAUGAGGCAUAAAUGAGAAAUAGGAUUUAUUUAUUUAUUUAUUUAUGCAUUCGCCCAGUUUUGCUGGUAAGCCCAUGAUUUCUUGCUGAAAGCAAUUAACAGCGCUUAGUUCUUUCUGUAAAUCUAGCUUCGAGCCCAUGAUUUCUUGCUGAAAGCAAUUAACAGCGCAUAGUUCUUUCUGUAAAUCUAGCUUCGAGAUAUGCAUGUUGUUGUUGAACUGCUGUUCCUGUUGCUGCUGCUGCUACCGUUCUUUUGUUCUCGUUGCUAUGUGGCUGUGUUAACACCCAAACAGCGAGGAUCAUAGGUAAAAGUGAAAUUUUGAGGCAGCGAUGAUAUGAUUCUUGGCAAAUGGCAUUAUUGAUUUGCAUUGAGAUGGUAUAACUCGUAUCUUGGCAGGGCAAUCAGGAGGAGAUUGCAGCCAUGGCGGUUUUGAGAAACUCAAUGCCUAAUCAUAGUGAGAUAUGAGCCUCAUAUGAAAAUAGCAAAAAUCUGAUUAGCUUAAGUCUGAGGCUGCUGUGAAAGCAGAGGGCUGUGGGGAGCUUCAAUUGAUGGUUUUGCCCCUCUUUGUCAUUCUCUGAUGCCAAUGAUCACUCAAAUGAAAAAAAAUUCCGAUUCCAAAAUCAACCAGCCUUUUGGUGAAAAUACAUAUAACUUCUCUAUUUUCCUUUCUUGUUAUGCAUUCUGUUUCAUUUUAUGUGAUGCAACGAGGCUAUGGAGAUUUUGUUGUUCUGUGAAAGAUGAAUCAAGACAUAUUUCUAUUGAGCUGGAAAAAAAUUGCAGCUCAGAUGGGUCUGUGAGAUAUUGGAAAAUAUUCCACUUUUUGGUGCUUCUUCUGUGUCUUGUAAGGCUAACUGAUGCUUGCAGCCAUGGCGGUUUUACCAAAGCUCUUUUGGUUUCUGUCAGAACUUUGAGUUUGGUUUUUGGUUUUCGCUCUUCUCCUUGGUUUUACCCCGUUAAUCUGAGCUUACCCGAAAGCUUUCACUAAUGACUUGGUCCUAAUUCCUAAAGAAAGAAAGAGAAAUAUAUACAAGAAAUAAUUUAUAUUUACAGCUUUCAGGAUAGUAUAAAAAGAACUGUUAUGGAGAUGUAACAAAGCGAAAGCUCAGGAGAACGAGAAUGAGGCUUCAGAGAAUUUAGGAUUUUCUGUUGAAAGGAUGGUUGCCUCUCUCUGUAUUAGCCCAUGAUUUCUCCAUUAUUGUAACAAUCCCAACAACCCUGUAAAAAUUUCAUGGAAUGGCCAGUUUUCACCUUGCUAUUUAAGGUAUGUCCAGUUUUUUCAAAGUAUUUAACUUGUAGCCCGUGUUGGUGAGUAUGAUUGACUGCUUGAAAGAGGCGAUGAUGAUUUUUUUUCAAUCUUCUAUUCCCUUCCGAGCUUAUCAAUUGGGCAUUUGUGAUGAUUUGACUCGUAUCUUGGCAGGGCAUGCCCCCAGUUUUGUGGUGGUUUUUUGCAGCCAUGGCGCCGUUGGAUCUCCUUUUGCUUGACUUAUAACACAGAUCUGAGCCUCAAAACCGUAAUCGGAUCUACCCGGUUGGACCGAAACAGGGGUGAUUUGCACAAAUAGGAUGCUUUGAGGUCACUAUUUAUAUGCUGCAUAAGUUUUUUGCAAAUCUCAUUAGGCUGCGGUGAAAGCAGAGAGCUGUGGGGAGUUUCAAUGGGUGGUUUUGCCCCUAUGUCAUUCUGCGCUGCCAAUGAUCACUCCAAUGAAAAACUUUUCCGAUUGCAAAACCACCCUUUUGGUGACAAUACGUAUGACCUUUACUAGUUUCCUUUUCUUGUUACUCCCUCGGUUUCAUUUUAUGUGCGAUGAGGCUAUGAAGAUUUUGUUUUCUGUGGAAUAUGAAUAAGAUAUCUUUCUAUUACAUCAACAGCAAUAUACCAAGUAAAAUCUCACAAGUGGAGAUUGGGGAGGGUAGUGUGUGCGCAGACCUUAACCCUACCCUUGUGAAGAUAGAAAAGCUGUUUCCGAUAGAGUUGUAAAAAAUAAAAUUUGAGAUUCUCCGAACCGUAUCUUGGCGUGGCAUGCCCCCAGAUUUCUGUUGGUUUAUGCAGCCAUGGCGUCUUCGGAUCUCUUUUUGCAUCUGUCGAGAUGAAGUCUCAAUGACAAUUCAUGACAAGUUUGAGGGGCUAUCUAUGUAUUCUGCCUAUCUGAAAUAACAAUACAAUACAAUGGUAACAACCAUCCAAAUAAGCUGUUAUUAGUCUAUUUGGUUUAGAGACAAAGAGUGAGGGUUGCAGAGAGUAGAGGGAAUCUCAAAGGCAGCUGCUCCUCACUACAAUACCUGUGAUUUCAUUUUUGCCAAAAAAUGCCCUACUGUGGUGAACUGUAUCCAAACGACCCCUCUACUCUAUCUCCUAAUCCUCACUCCCAAAAAGAGAAUCUAUAGUAAUAGUAAUAAUAAUAAUAAUAAUAAUAAUAAUUGUAGAAUAAAUCUGAGGCUGUGAUGAUAUUUUUUCUUCUGUCUCUGAGCAAAUCGAUUAGGGAAGAGAACAAUUGGACCCGUAUCUUGGCAUGGUAAAUGAUUUUCCAACCAGUGUUUGCAGCCAUGGCGGUGUAUCCAAUUUCUUGCCCUAGCUUCAAUGUAACAGAUCUGAGCCUCAUUUGGAAGGUUAUUUUCUUAGAUGCAGACUUAAGAAAAGCUUAGCCCAGAAAGAAAUGAGGCAAAACAGAGAGUUUUGAGAUUUUCAUUAAAAGGGUGGUUGCUCGUCUCUGUUCCGCCAUUGAUUUUCCUCCAUUAUCAAAAAAACCAACAGCCCUUUGUUUAUGUCAAAAGCAGACUGGUAAAGUUGUUGUCAUAUGACCAGGAGGUCAUGAGUUCGAGUGGUAGAAACAACAUCUUGCAGAAAUGCAGGGUAAGAUUGCGCACAACAGGAGUUAGGGCACCGUGUUGCCCUUAAAGAGGCAGUGAUGAUGAUGUUUCUUAAAGAGGCAACGGCCCGUAUCUUGGCAUGGCAACCCGGUAUGGCCUGCGGUUGAGAUUUCUGUCUCACACACAUACCAUGGCGUGGCUGGCUUCUCUUUUGCCUUAUCAUAACACACAUCCGGGCCCCAUGUGACGACUUGCAACCGGUAUUUGCAGCCAUGGCGGUGUCUCCAAUCUCUUGCCAUAGCUUUAAUAUUACAGAUCUGAGCCUCAAUUGGAAGGUUAUUUUCUUAAGUGCAAACUUACAGGCUCUUUCCCAUUGAAUGUUGAAAUUCGCAGGUGAAAAACCCACGAGAAUUUCCCCUAAAUAUGCAGAAAUGUUAGCCCAGAAAGAAAUGAGGCAAAACAGAGAGUAUUGGGAUUUUCAUUAGAAGGAUGGUUGCCCCUCUCUGUUCCGCUAUUGAUUUUCCUCCAUUUUCAAAAAAUACCAACAGCCCUUGUUUAUGACAAGCAGAAGCAGAACGUUUGGACAUAAAAAUUGUAAAAUUUCUGAAUAAAGAAUUUUUUUCAGUGAAAUCUGUAUUUUCAUUUUGUGUGUGUUUAUGAUGCUGAUGGAAGUUACAUAAAGAGGCAGUGAUGAUGAUGUUUCUUGUAUCUGGGUUAACCGAUUUGGGCGUAGAGAUGACCGGACCCAUAUCUUGGCGUGGCAACCCGGUAUGACCUGUGAUUGAGAUUUCUGUCUCUCACUUGCAACUGGUGUUUUGCAGCCAUGGCAUAGCUGGCUUCUCUUUGCCUUAUCAUAACAUAUCUGAGCCCCAUUUGCAAGAAAGGAAAAAAAGAUAAUCUUUUCUAUGAUUUGGAUUAACAGAAAAAUAGGAAGGGAGUCUUGGAGUAACAAUAAAGUUCUCCUCGUGUUCGAGACUUAUCGGUCACGAGUUCGAGCUGUGAUAGCUACUGAUGCUUGCAUUAGGGUCGCGAACUUGGGUUGUCUUGUGCACCGGGCUGCCUUGGAUUAGCAGGAAAAUAGCAAAAAACUCAUUCGUUAGUCUGAAGUUGCGGUCAAGGCAGAGAGCUGUAGGGAGUUUCAUUGGGUGGUUUUGCCCCUCUCUAUAAUUGUCCGCCGCCGUUGAUCGCUCAAAUGUUUGUUUCUAAAACCACCCUUUCGGUUAAAAUACGUAUUACUCCCUCCCUUUCAAUUUAUGUGACGCAAUGAGGCUAUGAAGGAAGGGGAGCCUUGGCGUAGCUUAUAAAGUUGCUGCCAUGUGACCAUGAGGUCACGAGUCCAAACCGUGGAAACAACCUCUUGCAGAAAUGCAGGGUAAGACUGCGUGCAAAUAAACCCUUGUGGUCCGGCCCUUUCCCGGACCCCGGGCAUAGCGGGAGCUAAGUGCACCGGUUUGCCUUGAAUGAGGCUAUGAAGAUUUUAUUCUUCUGUGGAAGAUGAAUCAGACUUAUAAAUCUAUUGAGCUGGGAAAAUUUUGUAAUCUUGGAGUGGCAGCUCUCAUAUGGGUCUUUGAGAUAGUGGAGAAAAAUCCAUUUUUCUGUGUGUGUUUUUCCUGUUUUAUAAGACUAACUGAUGCUUGCAGCCAUGACGGUCUUUUUCCAAAGCUUUUUGGGUUUUUGUCUGAGAAAAGGAAAAGAAUGAGAACAGAGAGAUUGGGAUUUUCUGUAAAAGGGUGGUUGCCCCUCUCUGUUAUGCCUACAAUUUCUCCAUUGUUAAAUCAACAGCCCUUUGAAUUAGACCCCAAAAAAAAAAAAAUCAUCAAAUAUGGUGGUGUAUAGCAAACUGGUGUCUGCAGCUAUGGUGGCGUCGCCUUCUCAUUUGCUUUGACAAAAAAUACAGCAAAUGUGAGCCCUCACGAAAAGGCCCGUGUAAUAGCGUGUUUGGCCAUGCUUCCAAAUCAGCUUAUUUUGUAAUAGCCUGUUUGGCCGUGCUUCCAAAAUCAACUUAUCAGCUUUAAGAAAUUAACCCUUAUUUUUUGAGACCUCACAAGUAUGCAAUUAUGAGAAGGGAAAAGGUUAGCCUGAAGUAUUAAAGAAAUGAGGCAAAAACAGAGAGUUUGGGGCUUACUUUGAAAGGGUGGUUACCCCUCUCUGUUUCACCAUUGAUUUUCCUCCACUUUAAAAAAAAGAAGAAAGAACCAACAGCCCUUGUUUAUGUCUUUAUGACAAAAGCAGAAGCAGCAGAAAUAAUUUUUGCCGAAAAAAACCCGCUUUCUUAAGGCUUCAAACUACUAGUCAUUAAGACUACUUACUUUUCUUGACUUGGCCUGCGUGCAUUAUACCUAACCUUUUAACUUGAUUUCAAUCUCAACAAAGAAAUGAAAGCAUAACUCUUUGCUCGCUUGCAGCGCUUCUUAGUCUUUUAUUUUAGCCUGCCUUGUGAAGAUCUCUCGGGUGUCUACGGCAGAUCCGAUCAGUCUCGUGAUGAAGAGAAGUCUUUUCCGAUGUUGAAAGGUAUCGUCACGACAACUCAAUUUGUCCGGUAAACUUAAUAUAUACUGACAUCUCUGUUUGGAAACAGCCUCUUUACCUGCAAUAGUAGGGUUAAGGCUGCGUACUCAAUGUCCUACCCAGACCACACUUUUGAGAUUAUACUGGUUUUUUGUUGUUGUUGUUGUUGCAUACUGACAUCUCUGUCUUUCCUCUGUGUUCUUUUACAAUAUUGAUGGAAGGUACAUAAAGUGGCAGGGCUAACCAAUUUGGGCAUUGAGAUGAGGCUAUGAGCCGGCCCGUAUCUUGGCGUGGCAACCCGGGAUAGCCUGUGUGGAGAGUUUUGAAUCUUCUCUCACACAUGCAACUGGUGUUUUGCAGCCAUGGCGUUGUUGGUUUCUCUUUUGCCUUAUAAUAACAAACAUCUAAGCCGCAUUUGCUUGAAAGUACAAAAAUAGAAUCUUUUCCAUGAUUCAUUGUUAGGAUAUAUCGAACCUGCGACCUUCUGCCACAACUAUAAAUUAGAAUUUGAGAUUAUCCGGGCCUUAUCUUGGCAGGGCAUGCCCCCAGAUUUCUGGUGGUUUAUGCAGCCAUGGCGUCUUCGGAUCUCUUUUUGCAUCUGUCGAGUUGAAGUGUCUCAAUGACGAUUCAUGACAAGUUUGAGGGGCUAUCUAUGUAUUCUACAAUACAAUACAAUACAAUAUAAUGGAAACAACCAUCCAAACAAGUUGUUAUUAGUCUAUUUGGUUUAGAGACAAGCUAUGCCAGUUGUGGUGAAUGUGAUUGAUGGCUUGAAAGUGGCGAUGAUGAUUUUGUAACUGUUUCAUUCCAUUUUGAUCGAGCUUAUUAAUUAGGCAUUUGAGAUUAUCUGACCCGUAUUUUGGCGGGGCAUGCUUCAGGUUUCCCUUGGUGGUAUUUGCAGCCAUGGCGGCGUCAAACUCUUUUUGCUUGAGUUAUAACACAGAUCUGAGCCUCAAAAAGGAAACACAAAAUUGGUGAUAAUCUCAUAAGUUUAAGUCUAAGGCUGUGGUGAAAGCAGAGAGCUCGGAGUUUUUAUGGGUGGUUUUGACCCUGUCUUUUUCUGCUGCCAAUGAUCUGUCAAAUGAAAAAUUCUCCAAUUGCAUAACCACCCUUUUGGUGAAAUUUCAGUUGACCUCCCUCUUUUCCUUUUCUAGUAACUCCUUCCGCUUCAUUUUAUGUGCGAUGAGGCUAUGAAGAUCUUGUUUUUCUGUGGAGGAUGAAUCAGAUGUAUCUUUCUAAUGAGCUGACAAAAUAUGUAUCUUGGCGUGGCAGCUCAGAUGGGUCUUUGAGAUAUUUGGAAAAAUUCGAUCUUUUUGGUUUUUCUUCUGCGUCUCACAAGACUAACUGAUGCUUGCAGCUAUGGCAGUUUUUCAAAGCUUUUUGUUAUUUGUCUGAGAAAAGGCAAAUCUGAGCCUUCUACAUUACCUUGAUUUUAUUAAAAGAAUGAGGCUUUUAGAUUCAGGAAAUGAAGGAGUUCCUAAGGGUGGUUUCUCUGUUCACUUUGAGUUGAUACAUAUCUUGGCUUGACAAAGUUUUGUCGAAUUUGAAAUGGGGAUGACAGCAGAACUGUCACAACCGCAACCGACCUACAAAUUCUCUGUUUAUGGAAUUCUAGUUCAAUUUAAAAAAACAUUGCUUCAUAGUCGUCUCCUCCAGUAGCCAUAAGCCACUGCCGCUUCUCGAAUCUCGUUGGUUCGCCUCUCUCCGUCUCUCGCCGUCAGCCCGUCAAUUGUCACUAUCAGUUUGUUUUACAAUGAAGAGAUUUUACCCUCCAGUAUCUUCCAAGUUGCCACAACCAAGUUUAUCAUCUCCAAUUGCUACUCCCGUGGAACAAAAUUUGAACCAAUUAGAAGAGCAAUCUCAAUCCUCUAAAAGACAAAGACAAGGAAUAGAUCUUGAUUCUUUACCGGCUGAUCCAAUGGAGAGAAUACCCAUUAGAGAUUAUCAUCCAAAUGAGCGUGAUGAGAUUAGAAAAGAAUAUCUCCGAAGAGGUCCUUACCAACCCCGAUAUCAUAAGUUUCCUCAAAGAGAUUUUUCGGACUUAAAGCGUCGUUUCAAUCCUAAAUGGUUUGAUGAAUUUCGUAAUUGUUUGUAGUACAGUAUGAUAGAAGAUGCAGCUUAUUGUUUGUGUUGUUACUUGUUUCAAGAUGAUGACAUUCAUCAAGGUGGAGGCGUGGAGGCGAUGUAUUUUCAAGUUUAGGAUUUAAGAGUUGGAAAAAAAAGAAGAGAUUCGAUAUUCAUGUUAGUAAGUCGAGCAGUAUUCAUAAUCAUGCAAAAAGGAAAUGUGAAGAUCUAUUAAAACAAAAACAGUCAAUUCAAACUUCAUUUGAUAGGCAAUCCAGUCAAACCAAGCUCGAAUACAAAAUUCGCUUGAAGGCUUCAAUUGAGGUUGUGAGACUCCUAUUGAAUCAAGGAUUGGCAUUCCGUGGACAUCGUGAAGAUGAAUUAUCAUUAAACAAGGGUAACUUUCUUGAGAUUCUUUCAUGGUAUGCAGAGAGGUGCGAUAAAAUCCGUGAUCUUGUGUUGAAAAAGGCUCCAAAGAAUGAUCAAUUGACCUCUCAUAAAAUUCAGAAAGACAUUAUCAUUGCAUGUAAAAUUGAAACAGUUAAAGCAAUUAUGGACGAUCUAAAUGGAGACUUUUUUGCAUUGCUAGUUGAUGAAUCAUGUGUUGUAUCACGCAAAGAGCAAUUAGCUAUUGUCUUGCGAUAUGUUAAUAGAUGUGGAUUUGUGGUGGAGCAUUUUAUUGGGAUCGUUCAUGUUCGUAAUACUAGUGCUUUAUGUUUAAAGGAAGCAAUUGUUGAUUACCUUGCUCAACAUUCUUUGAGUUUAUCUUAUGUGUGUGGACAAUGCUAUGAUGGAGCAAGCAACAUGCAAGGGGAUUUACGUGGCCUUAAGACUUUGAUUCAACAAGAAAGUAAAUCUGCUUAUUCCAUUCAUUGUUUUGCACACCAACUUCAAUUGACACUUGUUGCGGUAUCCAAAAAGUGUCUUGAAGUGGGAGAAUCUCAAGCAGAAAAAGUUCAAGAGGCAUUAGACAUGGGUGAACUUGAAACUGGUAGGGGUUUGAAUCAAGAACUUGGUCUUGCCAGAGCUGCAGAUACUCGUUGGGGUUCGCACUACAAAUCUUUUAAGAACUUUAUUUCUAUGUUUGGCUCAAUUAUUGAUGUUCUUGAUACUAUCGUUGUUGAUGCCCGGACUUUAGAAGAAAGAGCUAAGGCAAAGGGAUAUCUUAGCACUUGUCAAACAUUUGAGGUUGCUUUCAUGUUGCACCUAAUGAGAGAUGUUUUGGGGAUCACAAAUGAGCUUAAUACAUCCUUACAAAAAAAGGAGCAAGAUAUUGCAAAUGCUAUUCUACUUGUUGAAGUGGCAAAGAAACGGUUGCAAAAGCUAAGAGAAGAAGAAUGUGAUUCACUUAUUGAUAAGGAACUCUGUGGUUGCUGUUGUCAGAAUACAAGCAAAAAGCUAAAUUUUGCAUCUCUUGGUAAUUUUAUGUUAACCCGCUAUUUUUUUUUUUUUGAGAUUGUAUAGCACUAGCACUUGUUUCCUUUUAUGGGUAUGAUGUUAUGCAAACUGGAAAUUUGUACAAGAAUAUGGAGAAAGAUUGAGAGGGGUGUCGCAUUCCCUACUUGCAUUUCUAUUUAAAAACAAUGUUUUUCACUUUUCACCGUUGGUCUGCGACGAGUUACUGGAGGGAGGGGUAAAGAUGUAAGCUAUCAUGAGGCUCUAAUAUACACAUACAAAUAUAAUUUGUUUGUCAACUAUUCAACUAAAAUGGCAAUAUAAUGGGAAAAUGUGAUUUAUUA